GGUCACUGAGUAGCUGCCAGGGGCUGAGCGCUAGUGCUGCGGACGCGGAGGGGGCCCAGGGUACAGCCUGGGUGGGGCUGGGGAGAGAAUUCCCUGGCUUCCCGCCCACGAAGCAAUCCCUGCUUAUUGCAAGCACAGAAGCCAAUUGCAAUGGCCUCCCCCACCGGACCCCACUGAGCAGCGAAGGGCAGGAAGCCCCAGCCCGGCCAGCGGCAGGAGACCGAAGCGCUCGGUGCUUUGGCGAAGACGCGCCCCCGGGUGGCCGUAGGUGUUAACGCCGCCACUUGGAGCAGGUGGGUGGGCGAGUCUCGCAUUCUCUCCGUUUCUGCAGCCAGCCCGGGAUGUGUAGGCAGAGCAGGUGCAUUUUUAAAAGUGGGAUUUGCUGAAUCAGAGCCGUCCAGGACUGCGUGUGCCCAUGUGCUGCAGAAGGGAGGCACCCCCUGGACGCACACUCACUGAUGGAGAAGGAGAUGCCGCUGUUCCACCUUGCCGCUCUCCUGGAAACAACACGGAAAUAACUUCAAGCCAGGAGACUUAGGGAAGGAAAGGAAGGCUUUUAAUUUUCAUGAUGCCUUUCAGCCAGUGUGGCACAUAUAUAACAUUAUCGUUGGGUACAAGCCCCCCCAGGAAUCGGUAACAAUGACACAGAGAGGGCAGAUUGCUCAGGAGGCUCUGAACACUGGGGGAAGAUGCUGAUGGACAAAAAUACAUCAUCGCUCGCCAACAUCUCCUCCACUGCCCUGUCCUGGGUAAGAGGUGAUGGCAACUGGACAGGGGCAGGCAUUGGUCCCCGGGAGGUGGCUGUUGGACUAAUACUAACCUUUAUAGACUUGAUCACUCUGUUUGGGAAUACAGUGGUUUUUAUCUGCCCUGUGGUGGAGAGGAGGCUGCGUACCGCAACGUACAUGUUUAUUAUGUCCUUAGCCAUGGCAGAUCUCCUCGUUGCUUGUCUGGUCAUGCCAUUUAGCAUAAUUUAUGAGGUGACGGGGAUGUGGCUGUUCGGGAAGCAAUUCUGUAAAGUGUGGAUCUCUUUUGAUGUCAUGUUCUGCACAGCGUCCAUUGUCACAUUGUGCUUUAUCAGUUUGGAUAGAUAUUGCUCCGUGGUGACCCCCUAUCAUUAUUCGAUGAGGAUGUCACGUCGAAGGUGCAUCAUAAUGACCUGCAUGGUCUGGGUAUACUCCUCCCUCAUUUCCUUUCUACCAGUCAUGCAAGGCUGGAAUGAGAUACCUGGUGUAGACUUUGACGCUGGCAAAGAGUGCAUCUUUGUCACCAACUGGACUUUUGCCAUUGUAGCUUCUGCCCUGGCGUUUUUUGUCCCGUUCAUGAUUAUGUGCAGCAUGUAUUUCUUCAUCUACCGAGCAUCACGACUCAAGGCCACCCGCAUCAUGUCUCAGUCCCUUGAAAUUCAUUACCAUCCCAACAGCAAGAGGCAGAACAACCUGCAUCUGGAAAACAAAGCCACUCGGACAAUUAGCAUCAUCAUCUCAGUCUUCAUAUUGUGCUGGUUACCUUACUUUGUUCUGAAUGUAUGGCUAGCUGCUAAAGGUACCAAUUCCACCAGCGCAGUUCUGGUUGAUGCUUUCAAGAUCAUAACUUGGUUAGGUUAUUGCAAUUCUACUAUCAACCCCAUGCUCUACGCCUUUCUGAAUCGGGACUUCCAACGGGCUCUGAAGAAGCUGUUCAUCUGCAGGCGCAGGUCUCAGGUGGAUAUUGGAGAAGAUAUGGUUUCAAUAGCCACCUUUUCCAAGACUGCUCAAGACCCAGAAUACAACAUUAAAGUCCCAAUGCCCACUGCAGGGCUGAAGAGCAAGCACAAACCAAGUUCUGGGUUACUUGUUGCAGGAUGAGACAGAUGCAGAGUGCAUGGUGACUGGUGUGUAUUUUUUUUUUGGCGGGAGGGGGGGGGGUCUAUUAAUUGAACUUUUUUUUGGAAGAGAUUGGGUGCAAGAUUACAAAUGUAUUUUUAUUUUGGUUGUAAUCUGUGUGAAAUGUGAGCACAGCAGAGUGAUGCCAUAUUGUCCUUUCAUCUUCCUUUGUGCAGUGAACAAAAUUAGUAGCACUUUCUGAAAGAACAGCAAAGGACCUUGAUCCUGCAGCUGAGUUGUCAUAACCAAUUGGCUAGU